CACCCGCCUUGUUGCGCCUAGUAAGUAGACGAAUUGAGCGCAAGGCAUCAUCGGCAUCAAUCACCCGGAGAGAAUCUAUUGUUGGAACCAGGGGGGUGUGCGAAGUUGCGCCCAACACUUCAUCCAUCCUGGGGCCUCCAAGAGCCCAUUCGUAACGCAGCGCUGAAACACAGCCUCUCUUGGAUUCCAGACAUCUUCCCUGCGAUCUGAUGUUCAUUAUAGAAGAAUACCAUAGCACGGAUCCAUCAAGGCGAGGAGACGAUAUCCAGGUGUAAUUUCCCCAUCUUUCAUUCCCCGAUUCCUCGUCUGUUCUGUCACGAUGUUGUCCACCUUCCUCUUCGACUUCGUCGUCAUUAUUGCAUGCUCAAUCAUCAUUUUAUGCGCCAAAUGCUACUUUUCGCAGACCGACCUGUCCUCUAUACCGACUGUGGGCUACUCCCAUCCGGUCUUAUCAUAUAUUACAGCGUUCAAGUAUAUGUUCAAUGGGCCAAAGUUGAUUCAAGGAGGCUAUGACAAACACAAAGGCGGAAUUUUCAAGGUGGCCACGCUAUAUUAUUGGGAGGUCAUAGCCAGUGGCCAACAGGCUGUCGAGGACAUGCGUCAAGCUCCUGACGAUGUUCUGUCCUUCUACGAACAUGUCAACAGGACUCUCCAAACUGAGUAUACGAUUGGACCUGCGGUCGCUCGUAACCCUUACCAUAUCCCCAUCAUCCGGCAGCAAUUGACUCGGAACCUUGCUACGCUCUUUCCGGUUGUGCGUGAGGAGAUCGUGAGGGCAUUUGAGGAUAACAUUCCCGUGGUUGAAGAUGAAUGGACCAGUGUCCCCACGUUGAAGACUAUGAUGGAGAUUGUGUGUCGCACGAGUAACCGCGUCUUUAUCGGUCUACCGGUCUGUCGGGACCCAGAGUUCUUGAAGAUCAACGUGGACUUCACAGUCGAGGUCGUCAAGUCGGGCAUAAUUAUAAAUGCAUUUCCUGAUUUUCUGAAGCCGUUGGCUGGGAAGCUAUUUAGCAAAGUACCCUCUUAUAUAAACCGAUCAGUCAAGCAUGUGCAACCCAUAAUCGAGGAGCGAAGGCGGAGGAUGAAGGAAUUUGGAAACGAGUGGGAAGACAAGCCGAACGAUAUUCUGAUGUGGCUCAUGGAAGAGGCGCCUGAAGAUGAACAAGACAUACGGAGUCUGACCCUCAGGAUUUUGACCGUCAAUUUCGCGGCCGUUCACACCUCAUCUAUGAGCUUUACCAAUGCAUUGCACCAUCUGGCAGCCUGUCCGGAGUAUAUCCAACCACUUCGGGAGGAAGUCGACGCUGUCGUGGCUUCAGAGGGCUGGACAAAGUCCGCCAUGCAGAAACUGUACAAGGUGGACAGUUUCCUCAAAGAAUGUCAACGCAUUGACGGACUUAAUGCUCUCAGCCUGGGACGCAUCGUGAGUAAAGAUUUCACGUUCUCCGACGGUUUGAAGGUGCCGAAGGGCGCAUUCCUAUCGUGCGCUGCCUCAGCGAUGCACCACGACGCGGAAAUCUAUGAGAAUCCCGAUGUCUUCAGCCCGUUCAGGUUCUCAGACGUGCGUGGGCACGGUCAUGGGGAGGAGACCAAGCACCAAUUCGUCGCCACAGGUACCGAUUUCAUUGCAUUUGGCCAUGGUCGCCACGCUUGCCCAGGCCGAUUCUUUGCGGCAAACGAGAUGAAAGCUAUGUUGGCCCACGUCGUAUCGACCUACGAUGUCAGAUUGGAAGGCAAGACAUACCCAACGAAUUUCUCUGUGGGUUCCGCACUCGUUCCCGGGCUCGCUAAUGUCCAGUUCCGGAAGCGUUCAACUGCAAAGUUGCAUUGAUGUAUGUCGGGUCUGAGGCGACUGCUGCAUCCAAUCUUAUGCGUCAGGCUUCUAUCUAUAGUCUCAAUGUAUGCGCACAAUAGUAUCUUACUGUACACGUCCUCGCGACUCGCUCGUGUCGAUCGACCAUCGGUUUAAUGUGAC